GUGGAUUGUGGAGUGCGCACGUGUUUUGACAGCAAGGCAUGCAACGAUUCUAUUUUUGCCCUGCCCACCGCAGCUGCACAGUGAAUGAAAGUGUUCUGUUCUUACACUUACGCUCGAUUUGCCCUCUCCAAAAUGGACGCAGUUAUACAGAUAAACCGGGGAGCAACCAAAUGGGACAUCCGGAAAAAAGUGUGGGAUUAUAUCGAAGCUAAUAAUCUUGCCAAUUUCCCACGGCCUGUUCAUAAUAGGAUUCCCAAUUUUAAGGGAGCUGCCCAAGCUUGCAAUCAGCUCAAGGUCCUGCAGGAGUUCAGGUCCAGUAGUGUGGUCAAGGUGAACCCAGACAAACCCCAGGAGCAGGCACGCUUCUGUACUUUGGAAGCCAAGAAAACAUUGCUGGUGCCCACACCUCGUUUGCGGACUGGGCUGUUCAACAAGAUCACCCCUCCACAGGGAGCAAGCAAAGAGGACCUGCGUGUGUGCUCCACCUCACAGGGUGUGAAAGAUUUCAGCGUCCCGAUAGGUCUUGAUGCCAAAGUGAAAGUUGAUCUUAUUGUAGUUGGGUCUGUGGCUGUGUCUGAAAAAGGCUAUCGCAUAGGAAAGGGUGAGGGUUUUGCAGACAUGGAAUAUGCCAUGAUGGUCGCUAUGGGAGCUGUGAAUGAGUCUACUGUUAUUGCCACGGUUGUUCACGACUGCCAGGUAGUGGACAUCUCUGAAGAACUAAUUGAAAUCCAUGACCUCACUGUUGAUUACAUUCUUACCCCAACGAGAAUUAUCAAGACAGGAUGCACACAUCCAAAGCCACCAGGCAUUGUUUGGUCAAAGGUAGACGCAGACAUGUUGGAGAAGAUUCCCAUUUUGAAGAAACUCCGAGCUCUGGAGCAGGAGGCUGGAAAAGACGUCACGCUAAAGAAAAGUCCUGAGGGAGGGGAGAGGGCAUCCAGGCCCAGGACGGAACCCAGGAGUGACCCAAAGCGAGACCCGAAAGGCCCCUCGGAGCGCCGGCGGCCCAAGGAAGGCCAACCGGAGGAGGUGGCGGCGAGGCGUGGUGGUGGCGGCGGAGGGGGGGAGAGCGUCUUGGAGCCCAGGGCAGCUGGCCAAGCUCCUGUCACCACCGUCUACUUGGGGAACAUUCCAGCGGGCGUGCGCGUGAGCGAGCUCAAGAGUGCCCUGAGGGAGCGCGAGGCCGUGCCACUCCGCCUCACCUGGCAGGGCGCUCAGCACCGGGCCUUCCUGGACUACGCAGGCCAGCAGGCUGCCGACCAUGCCCUCGCUGCCCUCGAGGGCCUGUCCAUACACGAGCACACCUUGCAGCCAGAGCUGGCCAAGAGCCAGAGGGGGGACCGCAGGCCUGGCCAGGCACACCGCAGGAGACCCAAGACCUCCGCAAACACCGCCGCGGCAACACCUGACAACACCACCACCGGUGCAGCAGUCACGGACAAGCCUAAAGCAAAAAGACCAACCCCCAAGAGGAAGGUGGAAAAUCUGCCUCCUUCCUAAUAGUCUAGACUGUCCUGCACUGUCAGCAAAAAGGAAAAAGGUCCUACUGUGUUUUUUUUGUUUGUUUUGUACAAUGACUGCAGGCUUGUUGUGUUGCUUAUAACUUAUUAUUCAUUUUGGAGCUUUUAUCAAGCUUGGAACUGAUGAAUUUGCGGUGCGGUGGUUGCAGUGCUUGUGUAUAUGUUUUGGUGAUCUAGCAUAGGGGAGCACAUUUUUUAUUCCCCGACUGCUGGGAUUAAUUUACCUGAGUCUUUUAUACUUCAGGAAUAAUUUGCUGUAAAAUUCAUGGAAAUGUAGACUACAUAUGAAAAUAAAUUUUACUUCAAGUUGUUA